CAUAACUAGCCGUAACCGGUUCAGUGUGCAGUGCACUUGGGAGGCGGCCCCGCGGAGCAUGUGGGACCUUGGGCGGGUCAGUUCAGUCGGGUUAUUGUUCUGGGAGGAUAGGUGGUCAUGUACGGGAGUGGACCUGACUGAGUGAGGUACUGGUGGCAUCGUGAUCGCCCGUGUAGAGUUCUGUGGCAUCCUGCGAUGCCGGAGCAGCGCUGUGAGAUGUCCGAGGAGCUGCUCUACCGCCCCAGCAGCCCGGUCAGUGGCCUGCCCCCAGCCGAGGUGCCGCCGCCGCCGUCUGCAGCAGCGGCGGCCGCCGCCGCGACGGAGGGUCCGCUGGACCUGACGACCCGGUCGGCCGGCUCGACCACCGACCCGCUCGCCAUGGACCUCAGUCUGCCCGACAAGGACUCGCCGGUGGAGGCGUGCUACACGUGUGGCACGUCCGUGCGGCGCAGCACGCUGCACGCGCUGCUCGUGCUGCGCCGCCACCGCUACGGCGACGAGCCGUUCUUCCCCAGCCUGCUGGAGCACAGCCGGUCGGCUGGCUCAUGGCCCAUGACGCCCGACGGCCGCGUCAACGUGUGCACCGCCUGCGCGCGCAGCCUGAUGGGCCAGUGGGACGGCUACCAGAAGGAGAACAAGGUGGUGCCGGGCAGGCGGAGCUACGCGGUCCAGGCCGGCAGCGGCCCGCCGCUCGGCGAGUUCGUCUGCUACAUGUGCUGCCUCACGUACUCUGUGGCGUGCCGCAUCCGGCUGCGUGUGGCGCCGGCGCCCGGUGGCGAGCCCUUCCACCCGGACGUGCUGCGGCCGGCCACGCCGCCCGGCGCCGAGGGCGUGCGGGCCGGCACCGUCGCCGUCUGCAUCAACUGCAAGCGGAAGGCGGCGGUACUGCGCGCGCUGCAGCAGGGCCGCCCGCUGCCGGCCGACAGCCACUGCUACCGUAUCAUCGAAGAGACGGUGCGUGAUGCGCGCUCGCACCCGCCGCCCGUCGAGCCAGCCACCUCCACGUUCGAGAGCAUCCGCGUGCGCCGGCUGGAGGUGGUGUGCCUCUGGUGCCGCGGCACGCACCAGCGCGAGUUUAUGGCAGAGGUGCGCUUCAGCAGCGCCGACCCGGCGCGCGCCCACUUCCCGGCGCUGGCGCUGCAGCCGCGGCCGCCGGGCGUCGUGGUAUGUCGCGGCGGCGCGCUGGUCUGCCUGCAGUGCUGCCGCGCCCUCCAGAAGCAGUGGCUCGAGUACGAGGCGCGCGGCGCGCCGCUGGCCGAUCGCGUGUACGCCAUGCGCCGCGGCUCGUGCGGCAGCGGCUCGGACGCGCGACGGGCGCCGCUGCCGCCGCCGGCCGCUUCGCCCAAGCCCAUGUCGCUGGUGGCGCCGUCGACGGUGACUGCUGGCUGCUACGCCUGCCACCAGCCGCUGGAGGCCAACCGCGCCUACGAGGUGCGCACGGAGCCCAGCCCUGCCGACGCGUCGGCGCCGUUCUUCCCGCAUCUGGCGCAACAGCGUCACCUGCCGGCGCCCGUCUCCAGCGUGGCCGUCUGCGUCUUCUGCUACCACACGCUGGCCGACCAGUGGGCGCGCUACGAGCGGCUCUCGCGCAAGAUCGACCCGUACCGGCGCGAGUACGACACGCACAACUUCAUCUGCUUCGUCUGCAGCGUGCGCACGUACCGGAAGCGUCUGCACGUGAUCGAUGUGAAGGACUUUCCGUUCCUGACGGCGUCGCACCGGUAUCCGGAGGGGGCGCUGCUCAUCUGCAAUCGGACCAAGUCGGUGGUGUGUCGCGACUGCCACGGCACGCUCAACUGCCAGUUCCAGGACUACGAGCGCUGGAACCUGCCGGUGAGCAAGCGCGAGUACAACUGGGUGACGCGGCCGCCGCCGCCGGAGAGCCCGGAGCCCAUCGGUCGGCCCGACACUGUGAUCGUGCGCUACGUAGCCGCUUAAGCUCUCCUGGAUCAGAGCCGCCGUUGUAACGCUGUUUUCCGCCAGAGAACCUCGCCCAGUCGUAUCGUUGGAUCCGUGCUUCUCAUACUGUCAUAUUGGUGGUGAUACAGGUGAUAGCCCUCUGCGCUUACGUUAUAAGACCGCACGGGUUAUUUGUGUAUGUGCUAUCGAAUAUAUUUAUGCUGAGAUC